AUGGAGGAAGUAGAAAGGAUGUUUCAUUCUCUAAACGGGUACGUUGAUAUUCUAAGUAUUAAAAAGCUUUACUUUAAUAAAGUCACCGCUACUCUGAAGUCUUCCAUGUUCCUUUGGAACCCCGGGAGAUACUCCCUCUAGAAGCCUAUACGGAGAGGCUCCGUCCGAAAUGGGCACCUUUUUCAAGCUUAAGGGUAGGGAUUUCAAUAGCUGAAGUAUGUGAAAGAGUAAAGAAAUCUGCCAUUUUGGUCUGUAAAAAGGCCAAAAAUGGCUCAGAGACGCAUUUUAAGGAUGUAAAAGACGCAAGAAAAUGUCCUGGUUUAGUGACUUAUUCAUAUUAAAAACAGGGUCAGUUUACAGCAAUUAAAGGGGAUGCAACGUUCUUAACUAGGUAUGUGAAACGGGGGUACCAUUGGUCAGUAAAACGUGUACAAGAGAGUACUCUUUCCGUAAAAAAAUGGUAUAUAAAAGGGUAAGGGGUUGGAACUCUAGGUGGAGCUUCCACGUAUUGUUAAAUACCCUCUCCCUGGUCUGGAACGCAUCCACAAUGACCGUGUUCUUGUCUGUCAGAAAGACACGCAAGGAGCCUAACAUAGAUAGACAUCAUGAAACUAAUUUAUCAUGUGAGGAUCAGUUUACUGUUUAUUUGUUUGUUUGUUUUUUUGUCUUAAGAACGCAGUUUAAUCAGGGUUGGUGCGACUAUAGGUUUCUAGUGCAUCAUGAAUCCGCUGAUUCACUAGAGUAUUCUGCGUUUGAAAAUGUAUUUCAGUUACAUGUAUUUGGAUGAAAUGGCAAAGCGAUCUGCUUCGUUUCAGUCUCAAAACAAAAGCGAUCGUCUCUACUUAGAUUUCGUCAAAAAUACCCAGUCUCAUUUCUAAUAUAAUACUUUUUAAUCGUGUUUGAUUUUGUGACAAGGGUAAUCCUUCCAGGAGGCCAUGUAAAGCUGAACCAGUCAGGAUACACAACAGUCGGCAAAAAAUUACUGGACCUUGCGACCAAGGUUAGUUUUCAUACUGUUCCACAACGGAAUAGGAUCCCAUGGGCGUAGGCACGAUAUUUCAAUAGGGGGUCUUACUACAGCUUCCUGUCGGGGUAAUAGCCAACCUUCCUCUCCCUUCAGUCUUUCAAGACUUAAAAGUCUUGAAACUUUGGAUAAUUUAAAGAUAUUUUCUAAAAUGAAUAGUUGUUUUUUUUGUGUUAGCCAAAACAAUGACAUUGAUUUACCUUGUGCGUAGUGUUAACCACGAUACGGUAGUUUAUUUCAUCAUAAACCUUAAGUAUCGUUAUUUUUCUGGAAACAAGGAGGGAUCACAUUGAUCCUCAAGAAACUCCGCCUUUGAACUGCAUCCUGUGUAGCACUGUCUUAAAUUUGCAAGGCCAAUGAGAGUGUAGUAAAGUUAUUAUAUAAUUGAGUAGAUCUUGUUUGUGACCACGCACUUUCGUCACUUUACUGACAGCCACAACACUGCUCAGUUGAUGAGAAGACUAAGAAUGCUGCCAGGUUUCAAUAAAAAGACUUUUUAAUAUGAUUGUACUUUGUGGAAUAAACAGUGCAAUCCAACUUUACUUUUUUCCUGCUCCCGUUAACAACAUUACGGAUUGCUUUCACUUAUAUGGUUAUGACGUCAGGUUCCCCUGCCUACCCAUCCGCCCUACAGACUGUGAGAGAGGGGAAGGGGAGACUGUUAGCGAGGGGGGAAAACUCAAUCUUUUUGGAGAUCGACGUAUCCAUAGCGACGCGCUUGACACCAUUACCAUUUUAACGUCUCCUCAAUCUAUAAGCAUUGAUUAAUAAUCUUAAUCUUGCCUUUUUUAAAGCUUCUCAUCGGAAUUGUAGCUCAUGUAGCUAUCUUGCACCUAUGUGUACCUAUUUUGGCAAGUUUUUAUGAGAAAAAUCUCUAUUUGAAAUCUGUGGCUGGUAUAACGAUAAGAAAAAUGAAAGAAAUGUUAUCUAUACCAGACAAGGAGGAACAAUGCAAUCUCCUGCUUUGUAUCUGAUGCAUUUCGUGUCAGUCAAAGAACAAUUGAUGUGGACACUAAAAAACCAGGUCGAGCCACCUUUAAACCACCCGAUCCCUUGAUCAAAAGGUAAAUGGAGGGUGCCAUAUUUCUAUGUAAUGGCUUAAAGUUUAUUGUUUUUAUAAUAAUUGUAUAAACGGAAGCUUCGCUUUAAGACUGGGCUUGAUCUAUAUGUUACAUACAUCAACUGUUUACAAAUAGCCAUUAAGAUACCUGAAGGAGGAUCAUCAGGUUAUCCCUGUAUUAAGAUCUCUCCUUACGGGUAACCCACCCAGCCCAGAAAAAGUUGGCCACACCACCGGAGUUUACGUCCCCUACUCUUUUCGAACAAUGUUGCGGGUUCUUUUACGUCACGUCCCACAAGAACCAGAUAAGUGAAAGUACUGUCAGACGGUUUUUCGUCCUUAUUGUUUUUCUUCAUCAUCGUCACUCAUUUGCCAUCAUCAUCUCAACUUUUUCAUCAUCGUGUUUCAAGCUUAAAGCGAUGAUUACCGCCGGCGGUUCCAGAUUUAUUUUGUUUCAAACUUGUUUUUAUACCUUACUAAUCCUGAGAAAAAUGAAAAUUGGAAAUUGAACUUUUAAAUGCUCUGUGUCAGUAUCUGAUCGAAACGUAGGAUAAAAGGUUCUUCGUCGACCACUAAGAAACGCUCUAGGGAUGAGGAUGCGUCGAACACUGGAAAGCCACCAGCUUCAGAUACAGUGUUCAUUAUCGGUUGGAGCAUUUUAUAACUUUUGUUACAAGACCUCAAAGACAGUAGAGACAAGCGUAGCUUAUCAGCGAUUUAUGCCCAAUUGUUCAUUUACAAUUACAGGCUCAUGACCAGACUGGGGAAGUUUUUCCGAUCUGGGCGGAGUGUUUAGGACUGGAAUUAUUGGCCUUAUUGAUCGGUGAAAGGGACGUGAAUAAAGGACAGUAUGACGAGUCUUUGUUCAGUCUUACAGAUGCACGAAAUAUCAGUUUAAGGCUUGAGCUGCCUUCAGGUAACUAGAGUUGCAUACUUUGUUACAUAAUAAUACAGUACUUAUACUAAAGAAGGUUAUCAAAAAAGUAUAAUACCAGCAUAGAAACCACUAUACACUCCCCGCAUUGCUUAAGUUACUUGUCAGCCUAGUGCCCACUAAGCAGUUAUUGAUAGUUGCAGUUUUCGUCGCAAGAUCUGUUAUUUUUCCGCCUCUCACCCUGUUUUCUGUCCAUUUGUGGUGGACUUGCUUUUUUUUUUCCGCGGGGAACUGACUAUUUCUAUCUUCGCUGUUGCUAUUGUUUUAGUAAUGAGAACGAGGUUACUAGGAACAAAGAAUGAAACGUAUAACUGCAAAAGCAAACCACUUUUUAAUCUCUUACCCAGAUGUCUAGUCGACGACAGCUUCGGCUUCGGGGACGAGAGAUCUGGGUACGAGAUAAACCGCAACUUGUUUGUUGUGGCUUAAACCAAACAAUGUGUUGUAUGCAAGUUUCAAUGUAACCUGUGCAAUGCAGAGUAAGUAGAUUACACACGAGUCCACAACCUGAUGAAGAAGAGUCGUGGAUGAGAGGACAACAGAUGUGCCGUCUUACAGUACAUUUGAACAUGUGAACAGUAAGCUCGGACGUCAGCAUGCAAAGGCGCCACUGGCAGCCGCUCUCAGUUCAUUUAUGAGCUUACUGUACCCACCCAACCCAUGAUGUGAAUGAUGUGAUGAGUGACGGUUGAACACACCACAGGGGUCUACGUCCCCUACGUAGAACGUGUAUGAACGAUACACGACACACGAUACACAAUAUGAACGUGUUAAUGAUCGCUACCGUCGUCAUUCAUAUACACAUUUUUAAACGAAUACAUUAACACAAUAAUUUUAUAAGUGCUUUUGUGACUUCACAAAUUUUUUGUUUAUUAUUAUGAAAUGUGAGGAUAUCGUCAGGUGACGUGGAAACAUCGACUUUAAAUUUCCUGGAUAUGAGACUUUUUUUUUUCAUGUUUAUGCUUUUAUAAAUUGGUUCGAUUUUAAGCUUCAUUUUAAAUUGUGCAAUACAAGACAAAACAAUACAAUUUUAAACAACAUUCAAACUGUCACUCAUUCUCAACAUAUCUUUCAUCUCUUAGACUAUAAGUCAACUAAGCUGUUAGGAUCUGCUCCGGAUUAUAUUAUCAACUUCAUAACCCAACAGGACAUCAACUAUAACAACCAUUUCAGAGGAAUCAUGCCGGAGGUAAAUAAACUGAGUUAGUCUACUCUGAUGUAGUAAGCAAAAAGCAUCAAACCUUAGUACAGGUAGGCAAAACUGGUUUAUCAAGGUUGUGGUAGUAGUGGUAGUUCACAGUGUUUUUGAACCGCAAAAGGGGGUUGAUAUUGACAACAAUCUGUGCUUUCUCUAUCCCCUGAGCUAUACUAUUACAGACUCGUCCCCAGGGUCUUUUCAUUUUCCAAUAUGACGGUGUCACAGUGAUAUGAGCAUCACCUCGUUUUGGGCAUCUCCAUUCCAAAAACCCUAGUGAUAUGGGCAUCCUCGGUAACCCUAACCCCAAGCUAUGAAUACGAGAAGGGGAUGCCCAUGCCACAUGGGGGGAAUGAGGAUGCCUCUAACAGCGGCGGGAAACUUGAAGCCCUUUUGGGGACGAGGUUGAUGCUAUUGAUCGCGGGUCUUUGGUUGGGUGAUUUAGCGCAGCAAACGUCAGAGAAAUUAACAACUAUGUUCUUGACUAUCGCGUUCUUCUUAUUUUUUUUUCUCACGUAGACAUUCAAUAAGGAUGAAAAGUUGAGAAACUUUUUUCAAAUAGUAUCAAUAAACAAGGAUAGAAAAGGAAAACCAUUCAUAUCAACGAUGGAAGGUAAGUUUACUAAGGCUUUGAUGUAGUAAUAAAAGAAGCAUCUUAAAUAUUGAAGUUUUGUUCGAUCGAUUUGUUUACUUCAUAGGGACUGUGACAGUUUUAUGUUUUUCGUAAUGAGUCCUCAUAUAUGUUGCCUUUACAAAGAAUACAUAAAAAUAAGAAUAGGAUUUCAUAAUUAGAAAUAGUUUGCUUUUUACUUGUAAUUUGUGCAGUUUUAAGUUCUAGAUCGGUGAAACACUUCGUUGAAAUACUCCUGAAAUACAUAAAAUAAUCAUUUAUAAAAGUGCUAACAUUCAGAACAUUAACAACGCUUCGGGCUUUGUCAUGUUCUUCUGUGGAGUGCUGUUGUGGGUUUUUCUGCAGCAAUGACACUGCCUUUCGAACUUAAAUAUCGGGGGAAAAAACAAGCGCACGGGGAAGUCGCAAAAAUUCUGCUUCGUCAUUUCAAGAUCUUUUUAGACGAUCCUUCACUAUUAUACGUAACUGUAUAGUUGAAACGACAAGAAUCAACGAGAAUUCCUUGUCUUUACGUUAGAUAUGACCACCCAAUUCGUCUUGAUUUGCUCCCAGCCAAUGAUUGCUAACGACCCGCCAUUUUCAAGAAACUCUGAGUAUACUGGGUCCGAAGGAUUUUACACCACCAGGGAUCGUUUUAAGGUGGCUCUGUGGGGUUUUUCAGAGUCAAUACCUCCCAAGUUUGAGCAUAAAUUACGUCUCUAUUAACAAAGAUUUGGAAAAUUACCACCACAGCUGUAUUAGAUAAAGGUAAAAAAUUGUUAAGAUCAGGAUUGCAAUGACAUCGGAGUUGUCAUAGCAACGUAAUGACCCCAUUACUUAUUAUUUGGGCAUCGCCCAAAUAGAGGAACCGAGUUCGCUUGUUUUGAUUUGGCAGUAGGCACGCAAUACGUGCGAACAUAAACAAGACAAGUAAACAAGCCAAGCUACGCGAAUGUCCGUCGCGCGAUGUGCACGACACAGCGUUUAUGCUCGUUAUAAUACGUCCAACAGCUAAAGCACGGCAGAAAAAUGCGGCAAGGUACACCGAGUGAAACAAACUAUUAAAUAACUUAAAUUUUCCCUUUGGUAAAUAAUUGCCCUUGCAGCACACGGGGUGAAUGUUUUUAACCAGGACCAUAGGUACCGGUCACUGCCCUUGUUUAUUGUACAGACUAUUCAUUGCCAGUAAUGGCCUAUUGCUAAGAGUUUGACAAUAUUUUUGCCCUCAGUUUUCGAGAGCCAAAGAUGUCACGAAAAACUCGGUGAUCAUGCAUUAGAUAAAUAACGGUAACUAAUUGAAUGGCGCAUAAUUUCAUUGCAGAUUUUCGGAUUUCUUAAAAUCUUAUUGAGACAAAUGAUCCCGUGAACAAGUUGCAUUCUUUCACGAUCGAACCCUGAAAGGGGAAGAGUCCAACAUCUUCACGUGCAAACCACGUUCAUGACAGUUAUUUUUGGACCAUUGGGUUAAUUAGAUUAAGUCUUACUCUCAUACACGAGCCACGAAAGAGGGAAAUUUCAAAACUUUCGGCGUGACAAUACAGCGCACAGAGAGGGCCUGAUCACAUGAGCCGGGCUGGCUAGGUCAUGUCGAGGUGACUUUUAUCCUGGUAGCACAUGAAAAGGGCCAGCCCAGAGCCGCCAUUUUUAUAUAGAGGUUGGAAGCAAUGGGCAUGAAAACUGUGUUACCCUCGGUCCUGUUUCACGCUUGGUUCAUUCGCCAGGCCGCCCGGCAAGCGUGAUUACUUGGGAAAUUUCCGCCCAGGAUCCCGGCAUAGCAAUUCUGGGAUCCCUGCUAAUAUAAUAUAAUCGCAAAGUUGAUUUUUGUUGCGUUUAACUAAGGUGCCGAGAUCUCCGCAAAGCGAGCCACCCCAGCUCAAGUGAUCAGGCCCUUAGUUCUAUAUCCAGAUUGUACGUCCUCCCUCUUGACCUUACCGAUUUUUCCAAGCCCCCCGAACACACACACAAAUUUUAGCCCUCAACAUCUUCAUACCCCCUUUCUCUAUAUUAAAUGAACUUUCCCUUAUCCACGUUGUCUCCAUACAAAUAUUAUCAAAACUGACCGAAAAACAAUCCUAAACAGAAAGCCUGGAAAUGUUUAAAAUAAGUACAAGUAUGUUUUCACAACCACCACUUAAUUUCAACAGACUGUAACUACAGUAUCCCUUAAUAACCAAUUAAGGACUCCCACAACUACCUCACUGCAACACCUAAAAUCAAUUUUACUUUCCAAAAAAAACUCAUAUUUUGUUACUUCAUAUUAAAUUGUACGGAAACAAGUUUCACUGAUUAAGAAACUACAGCCAUUAUCUUUCCAAUCCACUUCAAAUAUAACAUCUCAACCAACCCCUUAGCCUGCGUAGCAAGCGUUUUUACGCAAUCAACUUUUGCGUAACAACUCAGUUGAAAACCGGCUUGCUACGCAGGCUUCCAACCCCUAAAAUGUACAAGGUUACUGCACUACUCACAUAUCCCUAAUGCACAUAAAAAAAAACUUCACACACGCGUAGUACAUCGACGCCCAAAUGUACGCUCCCACAGCGUCUUGUUUUACUAGCAGCCCUGUUUCUCGACACCAGGACCUCUUCUUCAAAAAUCAUUCACGGAACCCUUUUUUUUAUAAUAGCUGCCUCGAUGUUCGUGAAGUUUAAGCAAAAUCUAUAAGAGCGUUAGCGAGACAUUUUGAGAUGAAGUUUUUAUGAUCAUAAAUACGGUAAAAACUAGGCAAUCUUGAUGUUUGGCCGUUAUCUGUAGAAAGCGACGCGUUUUUGAAAUGAAAUUUCACCUCAUAUUAGUUUCAAUCUUUUUAAAACGUAUGUGAAAGAUCCGCGGGAAUAGCUAAAGCCGAUUGCUAGAAAGAAGGAUUUGAUUAAUAUGUUCAUAUUGGCGGUUUUGUAAACAUUUUGGUAUACUUAAACAAAUAAGCGAAUAAUUUUGAUACCGCUCGUUAGAAUUUUUUUAAAUGAAAGAUUCUCGAGAUUAACAGUCGUUUAUAUGGCCUUUUAGGGUCAAGAUUGUUUAUAUCUUAUAAGGCAGUAAAAUAAGGGGUACAAUUCGGUAAAAUUUUUGUCGGAAAUUUCGUGUUAACAAGUAAGAGCCUCCCAUUAUUCAAGGUAUUUGUUGGCUUCCCACUAGAGCUUGCAAGUGUAAUGUAAGUGUACUUGGAACCUACUUUGAGUGUGAGGGGAUAAAAUGUUCAACUUUACUUUUUGAUCAUGGAAAUUAUCGUAGUUCAAAGGAGCCGAAGUUGUCCCUUUGGUAAACGGUCGCUGCCAUUUUUAAGACGGCUCAGAAAAUUUUUGACCUGUGAUUGAAACCGUUUCUAUUAAAAAGAAAGAAAAUCGCAUGCCAAGGUCGAACCUGGACCUCGAACCUGAACCUUUCGUACCACACCAACCCGCCAAAAUUUCGAAAAAAUUAAGUACAUACACUAGUUAACUGUUUCAUCAAUAACAGGUGACCCUAGCUCUUACCAUAAUUUUUAUCGUAAAUUCAACUUGUGCUUGACCUUUGUUCCUUCUAAGACUGUUCAAAAACGUAUUAUUUGCCUUAUUGUAACUUAAUCCAGGGAAUAUGUUACAUCCAUUAUGACUAAAGGCUUGGUUACUAGUGGUGGCAUCGACCCUCAAAAAUGGCAACGACCGUUUAUAAAAGGGAAAUGGGCUUUGCUGCCAAGUAUGGUCUACACUACACUUGAGAUCGAAAGCACACUUGACCAAUAAGAAAUGGAAGCCAUGUGCACGGUGUGCACGCGCAGCGAUUCCAAGACUCUAAUGAUGAACGGACAGAUAAACAUUAAUCAUGUCUUGGUUAGCUAAGAACGUCGCGAAAGAGACCAAACCCAAGCCCUACGUCGAUUUCUUUGUCGCAAGGCGCGUUGUUGAGCCAUUCUAAAGAAAUACAGAGGAAGACGUCGCUUGUUUUUUUCUGUACCGCUGUUAAGUACUAGUAAAAAAACGAAGUACGUAUGUCUCAAGUAAGCACUUGAAUCAACUGCUUACUUGAAACUACCUUCGCUUCUAGUGUGAAGCCAACAAUUGUCUCCAAGUUUCAUUUUCACGUGAGCAGCAGUAACUAACAAUGCACAAAUAUUAGCUAUUGUUGUCCACUAAAAUAUGAAAUGCAACCCUGAUUAUAACAAAUUUUCAUCUUUAUCUACAGCUGUUUCAGUGGCGGUAAUUUUUCUGAAUCUUUGUUAAUGGCGACGUAGCCUUUAUGCUCAAACUUUGGAUGUAUUGACCCUGAAAAACCUCAUCGAGCCCGGCGUACUUCUUUUCUUACAGUCGCUGCCGCGGCAUUUACACUCCGGCUAAACUGGACGAUAUCUAAAAGAAUGCUUUGGUGAAUAUUUGGAAGACCGGCACAGACUUCUCGUCGCUUGGGACUUAAGCGUUGAUGGGUAACCAUUGAUGGGGCGCUUGGUGUUAAGCUUUGCGGCAGUAGAUGCGUCUCCGCAUUUUCAGCCUUGUGGGACUUGCAAGCCUCACGGUCUUAAUGCGACUUUGCGGGUAUAUUAUUUUCCUUUAUUAUUCAUUCAAAAUAUUUGCCCAAUUCUGAUUGGCUAAAAGCACACGCAUAAUUGACCAUAACCAGUUACUGAUGACCCAAUUUGGAAGAAUUUUGUGUUUAACGAGGAAAUGACGUCAAAAAUGCAGCCCUCUACAGGUUAAUGCACCGUUAACCAAGAGGACCUGGGGACCAGGUUGACUUGUUUUCGUUGCGAAAACUAAAAUGGCCGACCCUUCAGUCGUUUCAGGAGUAAGAACUGCAGCUGGAACUGGGCGAAAUAAUGGCUAAGAACAUAACAAAAACAGCAGAAGACAACUCGGAGGGCGACAUAUGCUAUUUGGAGAAAAUGAACGGAGCUGGACAAAUCCAAACGUACACUAUCGAAGAUAAACUUAAUAUCGAUGCAGUUAAGCAUGUUUUAGCUAUGUUUUUAAACUAGGAAUUAUUUUGAAUGAAUAAUAAAGCAAUUAAUGAAUUCGGCUUCCGUAGGAAAUGAAGAAUUAAGCAGCUAUCUCGGAGGGUGUUAACUCCCUCCUCGACGAUCUGCUAAAUUCUUCAUAUCCUACUCCGCCUCAUUCAUUAAUUGCUAAUUAAGACCCGAGGAAGCCCGUGCUGUAUUCCUGUUAAAACCCAGAGUCACAGCUGAAAAAAAAUUCAACUGGUUUCCACCAGGACUGAAACGUUUUAAAAUUUUUCGUCGAACAUUACGUCCUCAUGAACCUUAAUAGAAAAUGAUUUUUUUAGCUUGGAUUUCGAAAGGUAUGAGGUGUUAUAACAUAAUAAGGGGAACCAUUUCUUAGCAAUCUUUUUCUUUUCUUCUUUUCAGUAUAAAAGCAUCUUAAUUUCAAAAUUCCAAGUAUUGCAUAAAGAACUUUCAAUUGUUUGGCAAUGCAUAGUAGCUCUGAGUAAAGUAGAUGGCACGUCUAACUCUCCAACUUUUUCUUAUAUUACCUUCACAGCACGAAAAUACCCUUUCUACUUGUUCCAGUGGCAUCCAGCAAAACCCCAGUUUGAAUGGUCACGUGUGAAAGACAUAAAGCACACCCAAGAGGCCAUUCUUGCCGGGCAAUACUGGGCUAACUUCUUCGUCAACCAAGGUAACAGUUUGUGUAAUUUUACUGCAUGUAUAAUUCAUAAAAAGCGAUUGUUAGGGCCUGAAUUAUCGUUCAUUUGACUGAUUUGGCUGAAAAGAACUAAACACUUCACUAUUGACUACCUUACUAACAUUUCUAUUUAAAGAUUUUGUUAAGGUUACCUAGAAAUCCAAAUAACCGUUAGUACUUUGAAGCCAUCAUUUGUUUCCUUUCAUCGCCAUAUUCAAUUUGUUUUCUUUGUCAACUGUGUCGAUAUUUUAACCUUAAAGAUUAAAAUAUCAGCGAGGAAACAAAACAAAAGAAAGCAAAAAACAGACACACACAAAACCAACAGACGAUCAACAACACCACCAACAAUUGCUAAAUGUGAUCCCCGAGUCGUGCACUUUGACUUGAGAAACAAAUUCCUGCAGUCCAUACUUAAACUUUGUAUUUUUUUUUUCAAUUCAGCUCGCUUAAGCUCCCAUCAAUUUCCAAGCAUCAAAGAAGAGAAGGCAGCACUGAUGUACAAUUACAAUCCUGUUUACACUGGAAAUCUUAUUACAAUGUUACAGUGCUACUUCUGGAAAUAG